AUGUGUGGAUGGAGGUGUUUGUGCGUGGGCCAGACAGGUACGUUACAGAGCAGAGGCGUCGUAAAGGAAUCCUCGAUUCCACCAGGGUAUCAGCUUUCGGAAGAUGCACGCAAGCUUACGGAGCGCAUGGUGGGCACGCUGCGAGACUGGAAGGAAUUUACAGAUAAGGGGUAUUGUCUCUGCUAUUACACGAACAAAACUGAAGGCAACUCUUCAACUAGCGUAGGAGGAAGGGGCAACACGGGAAACCGAAAUACACCCCAGAUGACCAUCACCGGAGGCAUUCUACGAGUCCGUGUUUAA